AUGGGCCUCAUGCUCAGCGCAAUCACUAUAUUUAUUUUGAAAGGCACUGAAGAUGUUCUGCAAACUUUUGCAGGCAUUGUACAAUUCUCAAGUGCUACAACAUUACUACCCUCAGAUGUAUGGUCCAGCCUCUCCUUCUGGACCACCCUACCAAUACAUGGGGUAUUUGCCUGGUGGCCCAAGUCCAAGGACUGGAUUCUCGCCGAUGCAGCAACCCAUGCGACCACCGUUCUUUCAGCAGCCAAUGGCACAGAUGGAUGGUUCUUUCCCACCAGGGCCGUCGCUUCCGCCUAA